CCAGCCCCGUCUCCGGCAGCAUGUUCAGCUGGGUCAGCAAGGAUGCGCGCCGCAAGAAGGAGCCGGAGCUCUUCCAGACGGUGGCCGACGGGCUGCGGCAGCUGUACGCGCAGAAGCUGCUGCCGCUGGAGGAGCACUACCGCUUCCACGAGUUCCACUCGCCCGCGCUGGAGGACGCUGACUUCGACAACAAGCCCAUGGUGCUGCUCGUGGGCCAGUACAGCACGGGCAAGACCACCUUCAUCCGGCACCUGAUCGAGCAGGACUUCCCGGGGAUGCGCAUCGGGCCCGAGCCCACCACCGACUCCUUCAUCGCCGUCAUGCACGGUCCCACCGAGGGCGUGGUGCCCGGCAACGCGCUGGUCGUGGACCCGCGGCGCCCCUUCCGCAAGCUCAACGCCUUCGGCAACGCCUUCCUCAAUAGGUUCAUGUGCGCCCAGCUGCCCAACCCGGUCCUGGACAGCAUCAGCAUCAUCGACACCCCCGGGAUCCUGUCUGGGGAGAAGCAGCGCAUCAGCCGAGGUUCCCACUGGCCCUCAGCAGCUCCGGCUGCCCACCGGGCCGAGCAGCCUGGUCCCAGCGCCCACAGCACAGACGAAGCAGGGGCCGCGCCGGGCAGCCAGAGUGGCGGCGCCUCAGUCCUGUGUGCGCUGGCCGGGCUCGCGCUGGUGCCCCUGAGCUCAGCCAGCGUCCGCUGGAGGACUCUGGCCUUCCGCCCCGGAGCCCGGCCCGGGCUUGUCGUGUCUGGUCCCUGGCCAGCGGUGGAGGGCCAGGCCCUGGCCCUCACCGGGGCCUGCGCGGUGCACAUCCACCCUGGUCAGGGGCCGGGGGUCCACGCCUACAUCAUCAGCUCCCUCAAGAAGGAGAUGCCCAAUGUCUUCGGGAAAGAGAGCAAAAAGAAGGAGCUGGUGAACAACCUGGGCGAGAUCUACCAGAAGAUCGAGCGGGAGCACCAGAUCUCCCCCGGCGACUUCCCCAACUUGCGCAAGAUGCAGGAACUCUUGCAGACCCAGGACUUCAGCAAGUUCCAGGCCUUGAAGCCCAAACUGCUGGACACGGUGGACGACAUGCUGGCCAAUGACAUCGCCCGGCUGAUGGUGAUGGUGCGCCAGGAGGAGUCCCUGAUGCCCUCGCAGGCCGUGAAGGGCGGCGCCUUCGAGGGCACCAUGAACGGGCCCUUCGGCCACGGCUACGGCGAGGGGGCCGGCGAGGGCAUCGACGACGUCGAGUGGGUGGUGGGCAAGGACAAGCCCACCUACGACGAGAUCUUCUACACACUGUCGCCCGUCAACGGCAAGAUCACGGGCGCCAACGCCAAGAAGGAGAUGGUGAAGUCCAAGCUGCCCAACACGGUGCUGGGCAAGAUCUGGAAGCUGGCCGACGUGGACAAGGACGGGCUGCUGGACGACGAGGAGUUCGCCCUGGCCAACCACCUCAUCAAGGUCAAGCUGGAGGGCCACGAGCUGCCCGCCGACCUGCCGCCACACCUGGUCCCACCGUCCAAGCGGCGGCACGAGUGAGCGGCGCGGGCCGGAGGGCGGCGCUGCUCGCGGUGCGUGACGACGGCGGGUGCCCGGCUCUGGCGGAGGGAGCCGCCGUCUCUCUUUCCAGGCUGUUCUGGGGCCCCGCAGGGAGGUUGGGGUGAUGUUCGGAUGUGGAUUUUGUGCACAAGAACUAAGGAUAUUUUUAAUAUAGAACGUUGGAGGCCGCGGUCUCUCUUGCCUCCGUCUCACAGCCCCGCACACGGCCCGUCCUGCCCGCGGCCCAGCCUCUGGCCGCCCCGCGGGAGCACUGGGCCCUGGCCGU